AUGCCUUCGAAUGUAUCACACGGAUCGACCGUGGCAGUUGCCGCGAGGCCGCAGCUUCCUCAGAAAAGGAAGAAGGUCAACCGUGACGCCGCCACAGUCCGAGAGAUGGCAGCUCGCAACAAGAUCAAGAAUGAAGAGAUUGACGCAGCCAUAGCCAACAACAAGGCUCAGCAUUAUAUGAACCAAAUGUUCUCGUCGGCGGACAAGUGGAUGCAUUCUUGCAAGCCGACGGCCUGGAACACGUGGCUGAGUGCUUUGGCCACUCAAGCAAAUGAAGACGCAGAUCCCGGAGACGUGUCCCGCCUCCUGGACUUGCAGUCCGAAUACCGCGAUUCUUACAACAAAUUGACCCAGCAACAGAAAGACCAAUUUAUUGAAGAUCUCAAGGACAUGAGGAAAUUGAGGAAGUGCGGAGUGCGUCUCAGCGCGCGAAGCCGAAUACUCGACUUCAACGCAAUGAUCAACCUGAUGAUCUGUCUGAUCGAGGGUCUGAAGGCGCGCGUCAGCGUCGAAGGCUUCUUCUGCUUCGUGCGGUCGAAUACCGAGUACAACGUAUCUCCUCACCUUUGGUUCAGCUCUUCUCAACUCAGCAAGUACCUCCGUCUGAACAUCAAGGGCUUCGAUCCGGAGAAGAUGGGUUUGCUGGCAGAGGCAUUCGCGAUGGCCGGAUGCGACUGGAUGACCUUCUUGCGCACAUCCAAGGAUCAAGCGAACUUCUUGAAGACCGACAUCCGUGACAUGAUUCACACUGCCCUCGUCAACAUCACCGGAAACCCUAAAGUUACCAUGAACUACAAGAACUUUGAACGCGAGAUUGUACUCAAGUACGCCAUCAACAUUGAAGGCUGGACUCCUGGCAAGGAUCGUUUCGUCAACCCCUCGGAACUUUCGGACAGCCUCCCCCUCCUUCGCACCCUCCACGAAGCACUCGAAGCAAAGACGUGCAAGUUCGUCCGUCUCAGCGCGGAGCAAGUCGCGGCGCGGAGGAAAGCGUAUGACACUCGCGUCAACACUGGCGAGGUCGUGACGCGCAAGCCUCGCAAGGAUAUCGGCGGCUCACAUAAGAAGCCAGCAAAGUGCAAGACUGGUGGCAAGAAGGGCAAACAUGGCGGGAAUGAGGCGAGUGAUGAGGAGGACGACUCGAGCAAUUGCGAGGAAGACGAGGACAAGGAGACCGUGCCGCGAUCGCGCAAGCGUCGCCGCGUUUCGCGUACAGGCGUGUCGGACCAGGGCCCUUCGCAGGUGGGUGUGUCGACUCCUUCGCAAGCGGGCGUAUCGACUCCUUCGCAAGCGGGUGUGUCGGCCCCUUCGCAGGCGGGCGCGUCGGAGCAGGGCCCUCACUGGCAGUAG